AUGAAAUUAACUGAAUCUUUCUAUUAUGAAGAAACUCGAGGUUUAUGUGGUCGUAAAGUAUUACGUGAAAUAGGUGAACAAGGUCAAACAAAAAUUCAUUUAUAUGCAUACGAAAGUUGGCCAAAACCAGCAUUAACCUCAUGUUGGACAAUUAAAACUGUUUGGUGGUCAAAAACAAAAUGUCACAUUAUUGAACAACAAGGUCAUCGAACUAGUAUUACAAAAGGUCAUAUGAAAUGUUUGGGUAAUGGUCGUUUGGAGAUAACUGGACAAUUUCAACGACAUACCGAUGCAGUCUUUCGUUUGGUUCUAUCAUCACAAAUAACUGCUGAUGAUGUAUCAGAUGGUUAUAUACUAUCAGGUGAUCUUGAACUUGGUGAUACAAAUGAUUCAAUGCAACAAAGUCAUUUUGCUGUAGUUAAACUUGAACAACAACAACAACAACAAAAUCAUUCUAUUAAUACAAUGAAUAAUUAUUUUAUAAAAGCACGAAGUAUAUUAUUAUUCGGUUGUGUAUAA